UACCUUUGCUUUUGGCAAGACGCAAUCCUAACACGCUGGAUGAACACUUCACCGGCAUCCCGGCAUGCGUGUGUACGUGCCUGCCAGAAUGCCCGAGAUUGGACAGCGGGCCAAUCAGGGCGCAGAUAUGUUACCGUGAGGUUAUUUAUAGUGGGUGACAAAUGGCUAUUUGUGGCAGAUACGGACUGGGAACAAGUGAUUGGCAAAUGAAAGUCGAGGACGUCAGGGAGGAAAAAAGAUGCUUGCUUGCCCGAACCUGCCAUCGUUGUCUGGGUAACAGCUUCCUCUCCCCGUGUCCUCCUUUAUAAACCCUCCCCGUCAGGCCCAAAUGCCUCCUCACUCUUCUUUCCCUCCCUACUUCUUCGCUCUCUCGUGGCUUUAGCUUUUAACAGCUGGUGCUGUCAGAUCCCUCUUUCUUACUUUUUCGUCCAGGAUCCCUAAUUCAGCCCAGUCUUUUCAUCUUUUAUCGAAGCUAGCUUCACCCAAAUCGUAGUCAUGAAGUUCUCUACCUCGCUCUCUUCUCUCCUUCUCCUUCUCCCUCUGCUGGCGCACCAGGUCGCCGCUAACCCCCUCGGCUUCAAGGGUGGAAAUGGCAACAACAACAAUGGCAGCAAUAACGGCAACAACAACGCUGGUGCGAACAACGGUAACAACAACGCUGGUGGAACCAACGGUAACAACAACACCGGGAACAACAACGGAAACACCAACACCGGCAACAACAACGGCAAUAACAACACCAACACUGGCGGUGAUGCUCAGACGUCCCUCACUCUCGACCCUGCUGUGAUCGCUCAGGGUUUCGAAAAUGAUGGUCAAGACCAACCCACUGCCGGACAAGUUGCCUCAUUGACAUCGAGCAACAACUUCAUCAACUUUUGCUUGACCGUUCCCAACAAGGUUAUCACCAACGGUCAACAAGUCAAAGACGGUUCAUGUAACCCCGCCCCGAUGGGUGUCAUCGCUGCUCAAACCAACAUGCCUUCUGCGAAGUUCCAGUUCCCCACCAACGGCGCUACUAUCAAGGCCGACACCGAGUUCACCAUCAAGAUGGCUAUCAGCCAUCUCGAGACUGGCUUCUUCACCAACGCCAAUGAGAACUACUUUGCUGCUCCCCAACAAGUCAACGGAGCUGGUGAUAUCCAGGGUCACUCUCACGUCGUCGUCGAGCUUUUGCAGAGUCUGGACCAGACUACCCCGACUGACCCUACCGUCUUUGCGUUCUUCAAGGGUUUGAACGACAAGGCCGCCAAUGGUGUCCUCACUGCGGACGUCGCCAAAGGUCUUCCCGCUGGUGCUUACCGUCUUUCGUCCAUCAACAGCGCCGCUAACCAUCAACCUGUUCUCGUCGCUGUCGCACAACACGGUUCCCUCGACGACAUGGUCUACUUCACCGUUACCGAUGAUGGCCAAGCUGCAGGAGGCUCAAACUCCACCGACACUGGUGCCGGCGCCGCCUCUUCAUCAGUAGCCGCAACCGCAACCGCCGUCGCUUCCUCCGCCGCCGCAUCAUCUGCAGCCGCUUCAACCGCUGCUGCUGCCACUGCUACCGUCGGACUCAAGGGUUCGAAUGCAGGUGGCAAGCCUGGUGUCCAGGGCGGUUUCGCUCAGGGCAACAACCAGAACCAGAACCAGAACAAGGGCCCUCAGGGUGGGUUCGGUGGCUUUGGUGGGAAGUUCAACAGGAGGAGCGCGUUGAACCGAUUGGCUCUUAACUAAACGAUUUCGGGUUUUCUUUGAUCACCUCCUGAGAUCGCUUUUCACUUCUUUCGUUCCCACUCACGUUGCACAUCGCAUACUCGCUCGUUCAUCUUCCGUCGUUUUUAGCUUGCUUUGCUGCCUGUGACAGCUUUCUCGUUUCCGUUCCCCCUCCCCUAGCUAUAGCUACGCUACGCUCUUGAGCCUACAAUUAAGAUAGGUAGAUUGAAAGAAGUCUCGGCUAGUCUUUGAAUAGAUUGGCUGGGUUUAGGAUCCAACUUCACCGGUGUGAUAAUGUGAC